AUGUUUUUGCACUCUCUGUCUCCCAUGGCCACAAAUUUCCAUUUAACUUCCAGCACUAAGAAGAGAAACAAAAAGGAUCCCUUUCAAGCUACAACCACCAUGUCAGGGGAAGUGGGGAAUCGAACCACCUUCAAUGAGUUCAUCUUAGUUGGCUUCUUGGCUGACUCCCAGAUGCAAGUGGUCUUCUUUGUAGUUUUUUUGGCCCUUUACUUGGUAACAUUGGCUGGGAACAUGACUCUUGUUGUCUUAAUCAGGAGUGAUUCCCGUUUACAUACUCCCAUGUAUUUUUUCAUUGGGAAUCUGUCAUUCCUAGAUUUCUGGUAUACAUCUGUGUAUAUCCCCAAAAUUCUGGUGACCUGCAUAUCAGAAGACAAGCGUAUAUCCUUAGCAGGCUGUGGUGCUCAAUUUUUCUUUUCCGCUUUUGUGGCCUAUACUGAGUGUUAUCUCCUUGCUGCUAUGUCCUAUGACCGUUAUGUAGCAAUCUGUAACCCCCUUCUCUAUUCUGCUACCAUGUCUAAGUCUCUCUGUGUUGGACUGGUUGCUGGGUCCUACAUAGGUGGGUUUUUGAAUGGCACAGUCCACACUGCUAACACAUUCCGCCUGAAAUUUUGUGGGAAAAACAUCAUCAACCACUUUUUCUGUGAUGCACCACCACUGGUAAAGAUGUCUUGUACUGACACAAAAGUCUAUGAGAAGAUACUCCUUGGGGUGGUGGGUUUCACUGUCCUGUCUAAUAUACUAGUCAUCCUCAUCUCCUACUUCAAUAUCGUCCUGGCCAUCCUUCGCAUCCGCUCAGCUUCAGGAAGGUGGAAGGCUUUCUCCACCUGUGCUUCUCACAUGAUCUCUGUCAUACUUUUCUAUGGGUCCCUUCUCUUCACAUACUCAAGACCCAGCUCUGCUUACUCCUUAGAGAAGGACAAGUUGGCUUCCCUAUUCUACACAGUGGUGAAUCCAUUGCUCAACCCAAUGAUCUACAGCUUCAGGAACAAGGAUGUGAAGGAGGCCUUCAAGAAAGUAAUUCAGAGCAUCCGAACACCAAGAUAA